AUGAAUAAAGCAAGCGCCCUCUAUGUUACCGAAACGUCUAAUGUUGAAUGGCCUUUAGCUGAUAAAGAAAUUUCUAUUAUGGCAUGGCAUGCAACAGUAGUAUGGUUUGUAGAUAAAUUACGACAAAAUUUAAUUCCAAAACAAACAACAAAAUACAGAAAUGAGGACGAUGAUGGUGCAGAUACGAUGCAUGAUCAACAAUUUGCUGCACCCGGUGCUUUCAAAGAGCUUGAUUGUAAGGGCCGUCCUUGUGCUAGUUGCGGCAAUUGCCGAGAUUGGUACUUUACUGGUGAUUCGGCAACUUGGGAAUGA